CAUCGUGCCACUUAUUAUGCGCUGACAGUCUGCAGGCAGCUGCAGGAUGGCUUGGAACUUUUUCCUCUCCUUAUUUGACUACAAAACGGAAAAGUACAUUGUCGCCAAAAACAAGAGAGUUGGGGUUUUGUACAGACUUAUCCAGUUAUCUGUCCUCGGAUACAUUAUAGGGUGGGUUUUCGUGAGCAAAAAAGGCUACCAGGAGACCGACGAGGCCAUCCAGAGUUCAGUGAUAACGAAACUAAAAGGUGUCUCUGUGACAAACACAACUGAAUCUGGUGUGGUUGUGUGGGGACCUGAGGACUAUGUCAUCCCACCACAGGGAGAAGCUGUUCUCUUUGUUGUGACCAAUUUCUUAGAGACACCAAACCAGAAGCUGGGAUACUGUGCUGAGAGCCCCACAGUUCUGGAUGGCCUCUGUAAUAAUAAUGACGACUGUGAAAAGGGAAAGAUUGUAGUGGCUGGUAAUGGACUUAUGAGUGGUCGAUGCUUGAAAAAAGAUUCCAAUUCCAAUGGUUCCUGUGAAAUCUACGGCUGGUGUCCUGUUGAAAGAAAGUUUAAACCACAAGGACCUCUGCUGGCAAAUGCUGAAAACUUCACCAUCUACAUCAAGAACUUCAUCUUAUUUCCGAAAUUUGCUUUUUCAAAGUCAAACGUUCUUGAAACAAACGAUGACACCUAUUUGAAGAAAUGCCGAUAUGACGAGGAGCUCCACCCCUACUGCCCCAUCUUUCGCCUGGGAGACAUCACCAGGAGAGCUGGGUACAACUUCCAGGACAUGGCCACAAUUGGUGGCUCCAUUGGCAUACUGAUAGAGUGGGACUGUGACCUUGAUAAAGGCUACUCUAACUGCAAUCCAGUUUACUACUUUACUCGCCUUGACACCAGUGUCUCCAAUAAGACCAUCACACUGGGAUUUAACUUCAGACACACUCGGUACUUCAGAAACGCUGAUGGUGAAAGGUAUAGGUCUCUCUUCAAAGUCUACGGGAUCCGAUUUACCAUCUUAGUGCAUGGAAAGGCCGGGAGGUUCAGCGUCGUACCAACAGCCAUCAACUUUGCAGCAGGCCUGGCUUUGAUGGGUGCUGGAGCUUUCCUCUGUGACAUGGUCCUCCUCUACCUGAUGAAAAAAGGCAACUCUUAUAGACAGUGGAAGUUUGAAGUACCCAGAAAUACAGAAUCAACAGAAGACGACGAUGAUGACAGAACGGAUGCAAUGGAGCAGAAAAGUCUGCAAAAUAAUUGUUGAGAAUCAACAAAUAAGAAGAACCUGAAGAGAAUAUUUAAUUCAACAGGUGGAUGCCCUGUGCACAGCACUGUCAGUCCUUAAAUGUUGAUGCAGGUGAUGGCAGGAAACAUCAUCUUGACAGCAAAUGAAAAGAGUUCCUGAUGAAGCCAUGUGGACGUAACAAUUUGUUUGUUUGAGAGUGUAAUUUAAUAAAAAGAAGAAUAAAAAUUAACUCAGCUUCUUGUGUGCAGUGAAUCUUCUCAUUUGCUGUCAAGAAUCAUUAAAGGUGCACUAUGUCGUUUUUGUAGAGAAAUGUGAAAGUUGGAGAAAUGUACAGAUUCUGUGGUAUAUGUUCAUAACUCUACACACAAACUGUCCUCAGAGGAACAUGUGGUCCCUGUAACACUGUUUGAAGAUAAAUACUACAUGAGAAGUUAUGGUGGUGAAACCGUAACUCUCCUGGUAGCUCCUAAGCUCUAAACAGUGUUCCAGGGACCCAUUUUUUAUUUGAAUAUAUUUUGAGUAUUCAGUUCAGAAAAUAUAGCAAAGAAUUGUUUUACUUCUCCAACUUUCAAAUGUCACCACCAAAACUCCACAGUGCACCUUUAAUUAUUAAUAAACUAAAUGCACACAGACUUUUUAAGAAUGUGAAGAUGUUUUAUAAUCUAAAUUAUUUCAGUGAAGGAUUUUAUUCCCUUUCAUAUUUUUAUAAGUCACUUUGGAAACCUCACCUCAGAAGAGACACAGGAGUGGUGACCCUGAUACUCUGAAUAUUCAAAUGUUUAUUAUGACACCGCUUUGAAUGAUGACAUUGCACUUCUGAAAGUUAGAGUAAUUAAAGCUUGAGAGAGUUCUGUGAAGACCAUGAGAUGCUUUUUACACUGUGCUUAACUUAUGAUUGUAAAUGACAACCAGUGAAGCUGUGGGUUGGCUGGCAGUUGAACCCUAACUUGACCUUUUGUUUUGUACAUCUUAAAAGACUUCAGGUCUGGUGUACUCUUUCUGAUGAAAGAGGCCUCUUGUUUGACACAUUCUAGAAAUCGCACGCAUUUGCAAGCUGACACUUUGGUAGAGCACCUGAAGGAAGUUCUCACCUCUGUAACACAAAGCUAUUUCUCAGAAGUACUUUGAAUCUCUUCUCCCUGACUGCACAAACAUCAAGAGAGGCCAAGAUUAUUGGUUGCAAAAAAGCAACGCACUUGGCACUUGAUUUGAAGCGUGAACCAGAUUUUUUCUUUUGCUGGUUUCUUUUAAGAAUUUGAGGCGUGUAGAUUAUAAAAGACUUCUUAACAUGGGUCAGAGGGAACAGUACAACUAUACUAUAUGCUUAUUUCACCAGUGAAAGGGGGUAUCAGUUAGAAGAAAUUACAUUGAGCAAAGGCCAUCGUGCUACGUUUUUUAAGCUUAGGCAAAUUACAAAACCCAUCAAAAUGUUUCCCUGCGAGGAAAAUAUGCAACAACUUCACAUGGAGGAUGCAGUGGUGCCACUUGUCUACAGGCGAGGCAGGCAACUGCUUGGAGCCCCAGACCACUAGGGGGCCGUGGAGGGCUGACAAACUUUAAACCGCAGCAGUAGCUCAAAAUGUGCAAAUUAUGCAAUGACAAAAAGGAAACCUCCCUAAAGGGGCCCCAUCUGACUGCACUCCCUCUCAUUGCCCUGCUUUGCAUCUUAUGUAUUAUUCCUGUGAUACUCCAAAAGAUUGUCAAUGAAAAUGACUGAUGGAGAAAUGAAGAGGAAUGAUCUUUUGAUGUGAUGUAAAUAUUUUGUACUUGAAGGGACUUAUAUUAAAUACAUGACUCGCAUUCAGCAGCUUUUUCCCCAUCGUCAUUUAUGCUACUUUGUGAACUGAGUUUACCAACUUGUAUUGAUGCAGAAGAAAUUUCUGCUUGAAUGUUAAUGUGCCAAUAAAGAUUUUUAAGACAAACA